AUGUCUAAAUGGCAUUCUUUUGAAAAUUACUCCAACAAAAGCUAUCUAUAUGAUAACAAUCUCACUAGUGAGUUGCCGAUUGAAUUAAAUAAUCUAAAAAUGUUGACAAUUCUUUGGCUAAUCAGUAACAACUUCACUGGAAAAUUACCUAAUUUUCGGAGCUGGACAAACCUUACGAGCUUAGAGAUAAAAGGCAAUGGUUUUGAAGGACCCAUACCUCCUAGUAUUUCCAUCUUAAAAAAUUUAAAGGAACUAAUUAUUAGUAACUUGAAUGGAGGUGCUUCAGAGUUCCCACUGCUAAAAGACAUGAGAAACCUUACGUAUUUGACGUUAAGUAGCUGUAACAUAACUGGAAGCAUUCCUAAUUACCUUACAGGCAUUGGAUCAUUGAAGGCUAUAGAUCUGAGCUUUAACAACUUAAAAGGAGAGGUUCCAGAUUUUGAUCGCCUACCAAGUCUAACGAACUUGUUUCUGACUAGUAACUUUCUCAGUGGGCAAAUUCCAAAGUGGAUCCAAAGCAUAAGUGAAGAGCUGUAAGUUCACUUCUAUAUUUCUUAUUAUUUAGCGUCUAUAAGAUUAUCUAUGUGAUUUAAUAGUAGCAUUGUCCAUCAUAAAUGACGAUGUCCUCAAAUUUAUACAGAAAUGGAAUUUUCCCAUUUCUCUCAGGACCUCUAUUGACAUCUUUAUAUCCAGACAUA